AUGGCUUCGGAAAUUAGUGAUUUAUUUAAAACGGUUGAUGAUAAGAUUAUUAAUGGAGCAAACAAUACCAUUCCAGUUAAUGAUAUAAAUAACUUAUUUAGAACAAUUGCACAUUUGAUCUCAGAUAAAGAACCUGAUUUAAAGAGAGAUUAUUAUAAUCGUGUUAAACAUGAAUUUCAUAUGAAAAAAUCAAGUUUUUUAAGAUUAAUUGGAAAAAUAGAUGAAGCAGUUAAAGAAGAAGAACUUGUUGGUCGAUAUGAAGAGGAAUUACCAUCAAGUCGACAAGACAUAAUCGAUGAUAGUAAUGAUAAUUGUGUAUUAGCAUCUUGUUCUACAACUUUACAAACAUUACCUGAAUCGGAUUUUGAAAAAAUCAAAACUGAUGUUUUAGAUAUGUGGAAUCAAUUAAAAGAUUACAUAAAAGAUUGCCAAUUAGGUUCUACAGUUAAUGAUUUAGAUGAUUUAAUUAAUAUUUUUAAUGUCAGCGAAGUUAAUCUAUUUGAUCAAUACAUGAAAUUAGAAGAAUUAUCGUCAAAAAUACGAUUUAUUUUAAAUCUUUUAAAAAGUCAGAUAUUUUCGAGUGAUAAUAAAUCCGACAAAACAAUUAAAUCAAAUGUACAACUCUCCAAUACAUGGAAUGAUGAAUUACUUAAAUUUAUUGUAAAACUUGAUUUAAUUGUUUUUAAUUGUCUUUAUGAAUAUCGAUGCAAUUUCGGACAAUUUCUUUUAUCACAAAAGCAUAGACUAAAUGACUUUUUAUUUGAUAAUAUUCCAUUUACUGAAGAACGUAUUAAUGCACAUGCUAGAAAAUUAGCUGGUUUAUUUCAUCCUGAUAAAAUUCAACGUCCUCAAGAUAUUGCAAAUUUUCGUGAAUUAUUUGAAUGUAUUAUUAUUGUAAGGAAUAAUUUUCUAAACGAUUUAACACAACGUGCAACUAUUAAUGGUUUAGUAGCUAUGCAUAAAGAAAAAGGAUAUGAAUUCUGGAUAAUUGCAAGAGAUUAUAGUCGAGCAAAAAAUGAAAAAUGGGAUGAAUUAUGUCAUUUUAAAGAAGAUCAGUUAAAACAAUUUACUAAAAAUGAAUUAUUAACUCAUCAGAAACAAUUUGCAUUAUGUGCAUAUGAAGAAUACCGUGCAGCAGCUUUAGCAUUAGGUGAUCAUGGAAAUAUUGAAGAACGUUCCGAGUUAAGAAGACUAAUGGCAAUAGCACUUUAUACAGCUGAGAGAUAUUUACCGGCACAGACUUAUGUUAUUGCAGCGAUGCAUAUUUUAUUGAAUGAUAUUCCAUCAGAUAAUUAUUCAAAAAAAUUUGAUGAAUUAAAAGAAUUAUUAAAUAAAGUAUCACAAAAUACUUCAUCGACGAAGACAUCGAAUGGUAAUUCUAAAGCAAUAAUAAAUCAAACGACUACAGAUAGAUCUAUUAUUGCUAACAAUCAAUCUACACACACAUUAAUUCAAAAAAGAGCAUAUCUUAAAGAUGAAUUAAAAUCCAUUGUACUUCAACAAUGUUUAUUUAGAAGUGAAGAAAAAGAAAUAAAAACAUCUGAAGAAUUAAUACUUCAUGCCAAACGACAAGCUUUUAAACACAAGAACAAAGGUAUUAUAUUAGGAGCAAGUGGUGUUGCUGUGGGUUCAAGUAUGCUUGUAUCGACAUAUAAUAGUAUUAUAAUAGGUGCUGAAUUUGGGGCAACAUUUGGUCCACUAGGUAUUGUGGUUGGUAUAAUUGCCGGAGUAAGCGUUGGAGCUGGUAGUCUCCUUCUAGGGCAUAACCUUAUAAAGCAAAGUCAAGAGCAAUUUAAAGAACCAAGAAUUCGAGAAAAUUUAAAUAAAAUAUUUAAUCAAGCAUUAGAAUAUUACAAAGAAGGAAAUUAUACCGGUUUCUUGGAAUUAUUAGCUACAAAGUAUUCAAAAGAUCGUUCAUUGUUAACAAUUAAAAUUGAUGAACAAGAACAUGAAAUAAGAGUAGAAGUAAAGGCAAAAGAAAUUGUUAAAAUAUUAUUAAAACAUGAUUUUCGUCCAGAUGGUACUGCUUAUCUAUUGAUUUUAAUUGGCGAAGCUCUUUUAAAAAGACCACAAUUUCGAAAAGACAAAACUAAUUUUUGUCAGCCAACACAAUCACUUUUAAAUGAAUAUGCAAGCCAGUUAUUUUCGGAAGUUUUUCAAGCAACAUCGUUAUUACAAGUUAAAGCUAAAGAAUUAGACGACAAAGUAAAAAAGAAACAAUUAGAACGUGCUGAAGCCAGGACAGCUAUUCUAUCUAAUUAUUGGUGGGAAAUUAUGGCACUUCAUUCAUCAUAUACAGAUUCCAUUCCAAAAGAAUAUUUCUCAGACGCACUUAACACACCAUUUAGCAGUCGUCUUGAGGAAUUAGGUAUGAUAGCACGUUUAAAUUGUGCAAUUGUACAAAUAAUUAUUGGUAGUUCUGAUAAUUUAAAAAGAACUAGUUCAUAUAUUAUAUCAUGA